AUGGCUGUCCUUGGCUACGCUGGUCUUCUAGUCCUUCUUGUGGCAUGUAUAUACUUACGAGGCCGCGGCCGAGGCAAGCUCCCACCAGGGCCCAAAGGCAUCCCCCUUCUUGGGAACGCUCACCAGCUUGGCUCCAAACCGCAUCGGCAACUGCAACUCUGGGCCUCGCAGUUUGGCAGUGUCUUCACAGUCCGGCUGGGUUGGGAAAACUGGGUCUUCAUCAAUGACCCUACCAGCGUCCGCGAAAUCUUUGACAAGCAGUCAGCCGUCACUUCUGGGAGGAUGCCACAGCCUGUGCUCUCGGGCAUCCUCUCAGGCGAGAAUCGCCUCCUCUUACUCACAUACGGAGAGAAGUGGCGCAAGCUCCGAGCCAUUGUGCACAAGUCGCUCACACCCAAGGGUUCCAGCACAUACAAGCCUGGCCAGGAGUUUGAGGCCAAGCAGCUCAUUUACGACAUUGCAACCGACAACGCGACACAAGAGGACUUUUAUAUGCACGUACGCCGCUACACGACUUCGGUGGUUCUUCUAAGCACGUACGGACUUCGCGUGCCUUCAUGGGACUGUGACGAUAUCCGCGCCAUUUACGGUCUUCUUCACGACUUUUCCCAAGCUGCUCAGCCUGGAGCCUAUCUCGCUGAUUUGAUCCCACCUCUGGGAAAUCUGCCAUGGUUCCUGCAGUGGUGGCGACCAAGCGCGAUCCGGGCGUACAAGAAGCAAAGGAACACAUGGAUGGGAUACUGGAAGAGGCUUCAAACCGCUCUCCAAGAGAAUAGGGCUCCGGAAUGUCUAGUACGACAGUUGGUCGAGUCUGACCUCAAGAAGCAAGGCAUCUCCGAGGUUGAGGCCGGCUUUGCUGCUGGUUCAAUGAUUGAGGCAGGCUCCGAGACAACAUCAUCCGCUCUCAACAGCGCCAUCCUAUAUCUAUCAGCGCACCCAGAGGUACAGGCUAUAGCAGACGAGGAGCUAUCACGAGUAGUCGGCGACGAGCGAUCACCUACCUUCGACGACGAGGCCGACCUCGCAUACAUCCGCGCCAUUGGCAAGGAAAUCCUACGUAUCCGGCCGGUAACCACGAUCGGAACACCACACUAUACUACUGCAGACAUCGAGCAUAAAGGCUAUGUUAUCCCCAAGAACACAGUGGUUUGCAUAAGCCAGUACGUGCUGCACUUUGAUGAAGGCCGCUGGGAGAAGGACGGUGGUCGCUCGUUUGAUCCAUCACGGUACUUGGCAUAUCCCGAAAAGGCCGGCGUGUACGCAGCAUCGCGGGACGCCAACAGCCGCGAUCACUUUGACUUUGGUGCCGGGCGAAGGAUCUGCCCCGGGAUGCAUCUCGCCGAGAACAGCCUCUUCAUCACUCUGGCCAAGCUGCUGUGGGCGUUCCGCAUUGAACCCGGCCAGGGGCCCGAUGGCAAGCCUCUACCCGUGGAUCUCUCGGAUGAUGCGUAUGAGCCUGGCGUCAACACAUUGCCCAAGCCCUUCAAGGCCCGGUUCAUUGCCCGGAAUGAGACGAGGGCCCGGGUGCUGCGCGAGGAGUGGGCGGUGGCGCAGAAGCAGGGGUUCUGGCUGGGCGAUGUCAAGGUUGACACCAAGGGAGUAGUUGUACAGGAGGGUAUCGAGCAUUGCGUUCGCCAUGAGCGUACGCACACGCACGAGAAGCCCUUUGCGUGUCGAUACUGCUUAAAGUCCUACUCUAGGAAAGACUUGGUCACCAGGCACGAGCGCACUUUACAUGCUCACGAUCAGGAGGCACAGCAGUACAAACAAAAUGACGCAGACGGCGAGUACGUGGCCGAUCAAGUAAAUGUCGCCUGGGCAGCUCCUGCUCGGUCGGCAGCCCCGGACACGCCUCCGCAAGAUCCCCAAGCGCUCGAUACCUGUCACCAUCUCGAUCUUGUACCCAGGGUUGCAUCACCGGGGCAUGGGAACGGAGGAGCCCUCUCGCCGUCUUCUUCAUCCACGACGCCAUCCAGCACUUCCCAAAGCGUCGCCAGUCGCCUGGCUUCUCUCGACGAGGCAGAUUCCGCCGUUGCCAUGAUUGCCGAGACUGUGAGCAUAGGCACCGCCCACCAUGGCCCAAGAGAUGCAUCAGUGGCUGCCGAGAGUGUUUCAGUCAGCCAUCCGAGGCCAGAUUCUAGCCACAGCUCACAGAAUCCGCCUUUCGACCCCUUGCGCCAUUCAAGCGACCAACACAACAGUAAUGGCGCAAUUGAUGCAGAUAUCGCUAUAGACAUGGACAUUGACCAUCUGAUUCCAUAUACGCAACCACCAGCGGACAAGGGCAUCUCCUCGCAUCAGCAUCGGCAGAGCCAGAGCCAGAGCCAACCUUUGCCUUCCAAUCCCAUUGUUCCAGACCCCAUGCCCUUCACCUUCUCACCGAUGCCCGAUGUCGACUUGGAUCUGUCUGGAUUCACAUUCACCCCUCUAGCCGCUGAUGUAUUCGACCUGCCACAGAAUCAGCAGAAUAUUCAGCCCCAAUACCAUUUCAGCUUAGCCGAACUAGACGCCCUAUCUCACUUUGGCCAAUCGAACGCCCAGAUUCCCCUACAGGACGACUCUCUGAAAAGUGACAAUGCUCUCCCAGAUACUACUGGGAAAGAAGCUGAUCAAAGUGACCUUCCCAUAUUGCUCUCGGGCGAGCGUGUAGCCUAUCCCUCUUUGGUUCUAGAUAAUAGUACCUACCUCGCCAUACAAGCUGAUCUCAUGGAGCGCCUAAGAGCCAGCCAUGUCAAAGUUGACCUCCCUCCUGUUAAACUCUUACAAGGGUUCUUAUCAGGCUACAUUUCGAGCUUCCACACACACCUACGAAUCAUUCACCUCCAAACGUUUGACCCAAGGACGGCGCCGAGCCCUCUAGUGCUUGCCAUGUGCAGCGUCGGAGCUCUAUAUCGCCUAGAUCGCCGCCGUGCGCGGCAUCUUUACGAUAUUGCAGUCCGUUCUGUCGAAACGAUUGCACGCCCAUUGCAACACGAUGACAAGACUCUUGUCAAGGACUACUGCCUUUGGUAUGUUCAAGCAAGGGUGCUUCUCAGCUUCUACGCCAUCAUGAGCGGCGACAAAAAUCUGGUCUCUAGCACCAUGGAUAGCAAUGGGUUUUAUACCGUGGUCUUCAACCACGUCAGAGUUUCACUCGGGGGAGACAAGCCUAGCGUGGCUCGGAUGACCUGGCACGAAUGGAUAGAGUACGAGUCCUGGAAGCGACUGCUGGGGGCCCUAUUUAUAACAAGCACCCUCACAAUGGUCUUGUUCGAUGCCAACCCGGGGUUCAACGCCACAAAGGACCUUGAUUUUGAAACGUUUGAGGACGAAGAUUCAUGGAGCGCCGAGUCGUCAAAUAAAUGGCGUGAACUAUGGGCAAACCGUCUGAAGCAGCAGCAGUCACGUCCUACGAGUCGACGUACGAUGCGGCAAGUCCUGACGAACCUCAUGUGCCCCAGCAAAUCCCCGUCCGACAUGGAGCCGCUUCGAAUCUCGACCUUUUCGGCCCUUGUUUUGAUGCACGCUGUUGUGCUACACAUGUGGCAGAGAUCCCAAGUCUUUCAGGCCCUUGCAGACUCAUCUAUCGGCCAGGACCAUCUUCGCUCCUCCCUCCUAGAGAGCACGCUCAAGUCCCUCACUCGAUGCGAGUCCUUCUUGCGGAGCGGCGAAAAGGAUUCAUGCCAUCCAGAUGACAAUGGCGAUACGGAGACGUCGCUGGUUUUCAAUAGCCAUGCUGUGCUGAGGAUUGCCUACAUCAGGCUCUUCAAGCCAUCAUGUCAGAUCAACCUGACAUGCCAAGACCCCGUCGAUAUGGAGGCAUCAAUCACUUCUUUUGUGACAACAAAGAUAGAACGGAGCCCGCAGCUCCUCGAGGCCUGCGUAAAGACGCUGGAGGGGCUGAUCAUUCCCGUAAGACUGGGCCACAUGUUGGUACGAAAGACGGCGGCGUUUCGAUGGGGUGUUGAGCAUGCCAUCGCCGGAUGGGAAAGCGCACUCCUAGUGACCAAGUGGGUGCACUCGGUCGAAAUCGACUCCCUGUGUGGCCUACAGCCCACCCCGGAGGAGGAAAAGGUGUUUGCAAUCAUCCGAGAGGUGCUUGAGGAGGCAGAGUAUGACGGCAGUGAAAGCAAAUCACUGGCCGCUGGAGUAGCCCGGACUUGGGGUUGGUUCUUGCAAGAUGUAUGGAUUUGGGCCAUCACCCCUCGGAUGGGAGCAGCCCUUGGCCUCUUGGCCGACGCCUAUGAAAGAAUCACGAGAUCGAAUCGUCGUCAUUCACUUGGUAGUGGUCCGUAG